CGUUGGCUGACGUUUUUCGCAGAAGACAAUUUUGAUGACGAUGAUCGAUGAUGACAAGGACAAACCUCAUCCCAAGGCCAACACGAUGAUGAAUGAGGAAGAGAAGAAAGAGUGUCGAUCGAGAUGGUGCUUCCGUUCAGCUCAAUAGAGUUUCAAGCUUCCAGCUAAAAUACUCCUGACAAUGAUCAGGUCCUUGACGCUGUUUCCCGCGGUGGCAUGGCUGCUCGGUAAUAAUCUCUUGCUUUCGUCGCGCCAGGAGGUAUCUGCAUUCGUUGCCACACCCUAUUAUGGCUCUCGAACUCAUCAUCGGUCGCAACCGUUCCUUCUUCACGCUGUCAAGACAGAUGAAGAGAUUCUGGAGAUUGUGCGCGAAGGCAUUGCAGAAGCCGAUGCCACGGCGGCAUGGAACGAGUGCGUGACACUACUGCAGGACUCUGGGGUAGUAGUGAUUGCAACGACCCAACAAGAGACGGAGAUGAUCUUGGCCACGGCAUUGGAAUGGAGAGGUUGGGCGCGAGUGUCGUCUGCCAUGGCCCGCAAGUUUAUGAAACCCAAACAACCCGAUCCAGUCAAGUUGCAAGCGGCGUUGCAGUGGUUGAAAGACGGUCCCUUGGCAUUGUCGGGAGAUGCGCUGGGAGAGGCGAUUCAACAGAGUCCCGCGGCGUAUCUGAUUGACCCCGAAGCAGCCUACCAAGAAGCCUUACAGACGGCACCCGCCAAAUACAAGGAUCCCGACUAUUUCAAGGCAGUCUUGCUACAAGAUCCGUCCGUCUUGGAAUGCAGCUACAAUUGCGUCGACGAGGGAUGUGGCUCGGAAUGUGGAAAUUGUUGGGUUUCGUAUGAAAUCAAACGCGGAAGUAGCGUACCUGACCCCUUUUAG